ACCAUGACAGCAUUGGUCUGUGCAAUAAUUAAAUAUUUAACAUAAGGUAUUUAAGCAUUGAAUAUAUUUCGCAUUAACUAGUGAAUGGAUAAUAUGUGGAAGUUCAUAGUUGUGUGUAUUACAUGUCUGUUUCCAUAUAGAACUGUGUUUGCAAAAUGCAAUAUCACACUAAAUAUGUUGGGCUAUAAAGAGGCUUCGUGUAAACAUCAAGGAUUUACAUCGAUUCCGACGAAUUUACCACCUGAUAUAAAGAAAUUAGAUUUAAGUUAUAAUAGACUGACACGUCUGGAUGCCAGCGGGUUUCGUAGAUAUAAGUAUCUAGAAUACCUACUAAUUGAUAACAAUGAUAUCAGAUGGUUACAUACUACGGCUUUCAGUAGCUUAUCAUUAUUGAGACAUUUGUCUUUGUCUAGAAAUUAUCUAAAUGUGUCUGAAUCGUAUCCUCAAGGAGUGUUUGAGCCGCUAAAUAAUUUAUCUGUUUUAGACAUCAGUAGAAAUAUGAAAUCUCGAGACUACAAUCCAUAUAAAAUUCCCGUCAGCGGACUCAGUAACUUGCGUGAGCUGAGCAUCGAUCUUGUGUUUAAUGCAACGUUUGGACAGCAGUUCAAGAAACUGCACAAUUUACAAGUAUUGAAACUUGAUUAUUGCAACGUAAACCAUCUCUACAAUGAAACAUUUUCAGAAUUGCCGGUAAAUAUACGAGAAUUCCACAUGACAACUUGUAGAGAGUUUGUUGUCAUUGAAGGUGGCGUUUUAAUUCCGUUUCCACAUCUUAGUGUGCUAAAUCUCACUAACAGCAAUAUUCACUUAGCACAGGCCCUAAACAUUCUUCGUCCAUUUCAGAAUAAAUCAAUGGACGCACUUCUUUUUCGCGGAAUAACUCGUCCAGAUUCAAAACAUAGAAUUGAUCCAGUUAUUCUUACACCAGAGAUGAUGAAAUAUACAUAUACAAUCUGUAUUAAAACAAUGGACUUAUCCGCAAAUAACAUUAUAUUAGUUAAAAACAAAUCGUUAGUUUUGUUUCAACGUCCAGAGUGCUUUGAAACAGUUAUUAUAUCUGCUAAUAGUUUUAGUGUGGAUAGCUGGGAAGUUGAUUUCGUCUUGUUUACCUUCAAGAUGACCAACAUUAAAAUAAUAGAUUUUUCAUAUUUCCCGUUAGGAUUCAAGAAUCCGACUUUCCUUAACGUAAUAACAAAGGAUAACGUUACAAGAGUUGAAAAAGUUCAAGGUAAAUGGGCAAGACAGCAUAAUUCAAUGACAGUGUUAAUUCCGAGUCAAAUUCAAUUUUUUAGAAUAACUCAUAUGAUGACUGAAGGUUCUUUUCUAGAAUUAAAGGCAAAAAAUAGCUUCCUUCGUCACCUUGAAAUAUCUUACUUUGAAACCGAUUUCUUUCCACGUAUAACUAUGGAAGGAUUUAAUAGUUUGGAUCAUUUGGAUUUGUCGGGUAUAAGUUCAGUAAAAACAAUUGGAGAUGCAAAAAUACCCUUUUUAAUCCAUCUAAAAACACUUAUCUUGAGAGAAACAAACUUGAUCAAUGUUUUACAAACUAAUACAACAAUAUUAAGGUUUUGUCCGAACAUAAUAAAUUUGGAUAUAUCGAAUAAUUAUAUCUGGAAAAUCAAGGCCAAUUCGCUCGGGCAACUUCAUAAUCUAAAACACCUCAAUCUAUCUCAUAAUUUGCUUGAGACUAUUCCAGAGGUUGUUACAACAUUUGUAAGCCUAGAUGAACUUGAUUUGUCGUACAAUCAAUUAACAACAAUUGGAAAGCAUAUACGAGUGUGGAUUGAUAACAUGCAUAAUAAACAUGGAUCUUUUAAAUUAUAUCUUAGUAAUAAUCCAUUAAUUUGUUCGUGUGACACAACGAAAUUUCUCCGUUGGAUUUUGACAACUAAAGUAGAGUUAGAUAACAAUGGUAAUUACUCUUGUUGGGUUUCUUCAAGAAAAAGUAUCAACUAUACAACAAAUGUCGCUGAAGACUUACAUCAUUAUUUCGUUGACUGCGAUAAUACCGUUUGGAUCAAAAUAGGUAUUUCAUUAUUGGUUUCUGUUUUAUCGAGUGUGCUUUGCAUUGCUCUAUUAUACAAUUUCAGAUGGAGGAUAAUGUUCUUUCUCUUUCGAAAUUUUCGGAGAUUUGCUGAGAAAGGUCUUGAGCUGAAUUUUGAUUAUGACGUUUACAUUUCAUAUUCAGAUGACUGCGUUUCUUUUGUAAAAGAAUUGCAAGAGAAAGUGGAGCACGAAUGGGGAUUCAAAGUGUGCUUUGAAGACAGAGAUUUCAUUGUAGGCGAAUCGAUUGCUAGUGAAAGAGCUACGUCUAUUAACAGAUGCAGACACAUUAUAUUUCUAGUAACACCGUCAAUUGUUAAAAAUGAAUGGACUCGCUUUGAAAUCGAGCGAGCUAAGUAUGAAAAGUUUUCCAAAAAUCUGCAGAAGAUUGUUGUUAUUACAAGAGAUAUCCCUUUGGACACCAUUCCAAUUGAGUUUUCGACUAUUUGGAAAGAUGUUCUUUUAAUUCAAUGGCCUGUUGAGAUGGACGAAGUCCAAUUUGCUUGGCAAAAGCUUCGACUUUGGUUCUUUUGAUGUAGUGUAAAAAUAAUGUUUUUUAACAGAUAUAAACGUUUAUUUCCUAAAUAUGUCCUAUAUACAAUAACAUCGUCCAGAUAACAGGUUAAGAGUCUUUUUAAAAAGCAUGACAUCUUGAACAAAAUUCUGAUACACAUGAUGGAUUAAUGUAGGUAUGUUUUCUUUGUAGAUAUCUUUUCAUUUAUUUUUUUGGUUUUCGCAAAUUUGCAAGGCAUACCGAAUUUAUAUCUCAUUUCCCAUGUCAGCUAAAUGACAAAUUGUGAUAGCACGUGCUCUCAUUACAACGUCGGUACAAGGCAAAUGAAUACAUAUAAAUGUUUUAUUCAACUAAUAAUUUAAAAAAUAGUCCAAGCAUUUAAAGGUAAUUACAGGUAUUAAUUGGAUUCUUUUGUCGGAUACCUACGAACCAUUAAGUAGUUUUAUGGGAAUUUUAAUUUGUAUAGUAGAGCAUUACAUUGAGAACAUAAAAACUACGGAAGUAAACAUAUCACAGAGUUACUUCUUCCGAAUUUUCCAAUACGUCAUUGUCGGGUUUUUCAUGUUUAAGGGAUUCCCUCGAUUUAAGUGUGUAACCCAAAAGUUGUUUUCGCUUAAUCGAUUUAUGACUAUUGAACCGAGCUAUACUACAAUUGCCUUUAUUAACACCUUCAAAUAUUAAAGCUUAAAAAGAAAAUCCUAUAUUACAAUGUGAGUUUUAAUGGCAACAUUUUAACAGGUAAACAAAUGUACCUUGAAACCUCGUGUUUGUGAUUUAAGACAUGUAAUGUGUAUUGGUAUAUACUUCGUUUCAAUGGUGAUUUUUUUAAAGUUUGAUGAAAGAGUUUAUUUAUCUAUUUAUUAAUACCAAAGGCAAAUUAACUCAUCAUAGAUACCAGAAUUGAUUUUUUUAAUUUUCGCUAGACGCGCGUUUCAUCUUCAAAAGACUCAUUGGUGACACUUCAAUAAAAAUAGUUAAAAAGACCAAUUCAAAUACGAAGUUGAAGAGCAUUGAAGACCACAAAUUCCUACAUGUAUUGUCACAUACAGCUGUGGUAAUAUAUCCCUCUAUUCCUGAGGUGUAAAAGCCUUAGUAUUAAAAAAAAAUCAAGGUUUUGUAAACGGCUAAGUUAUAAAUAUGACCAUUUCAAUGAUUAUGCAUGUCCAGACAGAAGUACUGGGCUGUUGUAAGUUGUAGUUUUUGACAUAAUAUUUUAAAAUGA